AUGUAUAGAGACAGAACCAAAUUAUUUCUUUCGUAUCGUCGAACAAUUACAAGGGACAUACCACCGCAACGAACCACGCCAAACCCAUUCUCGGAUCUAGAUCCUGAAGAUGAAGACUAUGAUGUUCUUAACUCAGAGCUGGAGAACUUGAUAUACUCCUCUCGGCGCCGAUCACACCAAGGAUCGAAUUCAGAUCGCAAUGGUAAACCUGGUAAACUUGGUAAAUCUAAUAAAUCAGGUAAAUUUGGUAAGACAGAUAAUACUGGCAAUGCUAGCAAGUCUUCUCAAGAUGACGUUGAAAUGCGGCCAAUGAUACCAACACAAUUUGAUAUUGCCAAAGAUCUCGAUCUUUAUCUCACUGUGAUCACCCGACAAAUUCGCGAGUUACAGAACUUGUAUAAACAACUUAUCAUUAUUAAUAAAUCAGAUAUGAAGAAACAGAUUGAGACACAGAUUGAAGAAAGCAAUUACCAAAUCUUGAAAAACUUUGAAAAAUGUUAUAUCGGCAUAAAAAAGUUUGAAUACCUCGCAAAGAAUCAUGAAAAGUUACGGCUAAACUAUAGCUUGCAGGAUUUAGAGAUUGUUCAAAAUAUGAGACGCAAUUAUGCGAACAAGAUCCAGGUAUUGAUGAUGGAGUUUAGAAGCCUACAGGGUAAUUACAUGAAUUUCCUUAGAGAUGACGAUGAUGAAUUUGAGCGGUUGAUCAACGAGAAACGUAAUGAGAAGAUGAUGAGAAUGCGGAAAAGUCAUGAUGGUGAGAACGGAGCUAACGGUAUAAAUGGGGAUGGAACACCAGAAGAUGCAGAGGCGUUCAGCAAAGAGUUUCUUCAAACACAACACCAAUACCAGCAACAAACUCAACAACAAGUCCACCAAAACUACGAUCCAUUGCUAGAACAACGAGAACAAGAGAUAAAUAAGUUGGCAAUGGGGAUUCUUGAAAUUUCAACCAUGUUCAAAGAAAUGGAGAAUCUUGUUAUCGAUCAAGGCACGAUGCUUGAUCGAAUAGACUAUAAUUUAACUUCAACUGUACAAGACCUCAAGAGUUCAGACAAGGAAUUAAUCAAGGCCCAAUCGUAUCAAAAACGAACCACAAAAUGCAAGAUUAUAUUCUUCUUAGUACUUUGCGUGUUUGCACUUUUGAUGCUAUUUAUGUUGAGACCUUCAAGUAGUACCAAAAUCAUUGAGAAACCCGGCUCAUCUUCAUCACCGCAGCUGCAGCUGGAUGAUAUACCGAGUACCGGGGACAAACCAGCCAAUGAAGUAAACCAUCCUGAUACACCAAUUGAAGAUGGUUCAAAACCUAUAGAUGUAGAGGACGGUUCAAGUUAA